AUAGGCUUUAAAUUGGAUCUGGAUUCUUGAAAUGUUACAGAGAAAUUCAAGAAGUAAACAAAUAUGAAGUUUGGGAAAGAGUAUGUUUCACAAAUGAUACCAGAAUGGCAACAAGCUUACAUGGAUUAUGCUUGUCUCAAAACCAUUCUUCGAGAAAUCCAAACUUCACACGAAAGAUCAGAGAGACAAGAUGUCGUGAAACACAAGCUAUCUGGUCGCCGCAACUUCAGCGGCCUGACAAAGCGGUACAGCCGCACCUUUUCGUCUCGGGAACUCGAAAACCAUGAUAUUCUGGUUCACGAAACGAUUGGGGAUGAUGGGUUUGAGAAAUACGAGACGACCAUCUUGAAAGUUGCUGAAGUAGGGAGAGAGUCAGAGCUCGUGUUCUUUAAAACCCUAGAUCUCGAGUUCGAUAAGGUAAACCGUUUUUACCGGUCUAAAGUUGAGGAAUUGGUGAAGGAGGCAGUGGUUUUGAACAGACAAAUGGAUGCUUUGAUUGCUUUCAGAAUCAAACUUGAUCAACCUUCUUCUUCUUGGAGCUGCUCUGAAACCGUAUCCGUCGAUAUCAAUGCCUUGGAUUCUAAGGAACAGAAAGGGAAGACAUUAGCUGAAGAGAUGGGAAUCAAAGUAGAGGAAAAUGUAUCCAACGGUGGAGAUUCAACGAAAGAGACAGUAGCGUUAAGUGUUCUUGACCGUAUCAGAUUAAACAAAAAUCAAGAAAAUCCUCUGUCCACAAUUAGAAACGUUCUCAAGCUCUCUAACAAGGAAGAUCUAAAAUUCACAAGAGAAAAUCUCAAGAAAAUAGAAGAACGGCUAAAAUAUGUCUUCAUCGAGUUUUAUCGCAAGCUUCGACAUCUCAAGAAUUACAGCUUCUUGAACACUUUAGCGAUUUCCAAGAUCAUGAAGAAGUAUGAUAAGAUUGCUUCAAGAAAUGCAGCAAAAUUAUACAUGGAGAUGGUAGAUAAGUCCUACCUCACUAGUUCUGAUGAGAUCAACAAGCUUAUGUUGAGAGUUGAGUCUAUAUUCGUUGAGCAUUUCGCCAGCUCGAAUCGAAGCAAAGGAAUGAAUCUCUUAAGACCAAAAGUGAUGAAAGAAAAACAUCGAAUAACGUUUUCCUCUGGCUUUUUCGUCGGUUGCACGGUCUCUCUAGUGAUUGCUCUUGGCUUGUUCAUCCAUGCUCGUAAUAUAAUGGGCGCAGCCGGACAGAAACUAUACAUGGAGACAAUGUUUCCUCUAUACAGUUUAUUUGCAUUUGUGGUUCUACACAUGAUCAUGUAUGCCUCAAACAUAUACUUUUGGAAGCGAUAUCGAGUGAAUUACCCGUUUAUAUUUGAAUUCAAAGAAGGGACAGAGCUUGGUUACGGACAUGUUCUGCUUCUAAGCUUUGGCCUCAGCACGCUUGCUCUCAGCGCUGUGCUAGUGAACCUGGACAUGGAGAUGGAUCCUAGUACUAAUAAUUACAAGACCAUCACUGAACUUGUUCCCCUUUUUGUUGUCGCGGUAGUGAUAGCUAUUUCUGUCUGUCCCUUCAACAUAUUUUAUCGGUCAAGCCGCUUCUUCUUCCUCAUGGUUCUAUUCCGGUGCAUUUCUGCGCCGUUCUACAAGGUCAAUCUUGCAGAUUUUUUUCUAGCAGACCAAUUAACAAGCCAGGUUCAAGCACUGAGGAGUUUGGAGUUUUACAUCUGUUACUAUGGUUGGGGAGACUUCAAGCAGAGGCAAAGCACUUGCAAAUCAAGUGAUGUAUACAGCACAUUCUACUUUAUCGUCGCUGUGAUUCCUUACUGGUCACGUUUCCUUCAAUGUGCUCGAAGAUUAAUCGAAGAAAAAGAUUUAAGCCAAGGCUUCAAUGGUCUCAAGUAUUUACUGACCAUUGUCGCGGUGUGCUUGAGAACAGCUUUUAGCAUUAACAGAGGAAACAACUGGAAAUUAGCUGCCUGGGUUUUCUCGGGGUUGGCAACAUUUUACGGCACAUAUUGGGACAUUGUUUAUGACUGGGGAUUGCUUCAUAGACCAUCUAAAUCUUGGUUGAGAGAGAAACUUCUUGUUCCUCACAAAUCUGUCUACUAUGUUGCAAUGGUCUUAAACGUUGUGUUGAGGAUGGCGUGGUUGCAGACUGUGCUGGAUUUCAAUAUCUCGUUCUUACAUAGAGAAACAAUGAUUGCUCUUAUUGCCAUUCUUGAGAUCAUACGUCGCGGUAUCUGGAAUUUUUUCAGGUUAGAGAACGAGCAUUUGAACAACGUGGGAAAAUUUAGAGCGUUCAAAUCAGUUCCAUUACCAUUCAACUACAAUGAAGAAGAAGAUCGAGAUAUUUAGCUCCUAGAUUGGAUCAAAUCAAGGUUUUUUCAAAGAGUGGAGUUUCAAUUGUGUAUUGGUAUUCUUAUAGGCUUGAUUGUAUUUGUUUGUAAAUUGUAAAAAAAAAAAAAGAGAGAGGAAAUGAGCAUAAAAGGAAUGAGGUGAUUGAGACAGCGAGCCAAUGUCAAAAGAGCUUCUAAAUUUUACAUAGAUGGUUUCAGGUAAA